CUAUGAGAGAGUGCGGUUUGCCCGAUGCAAUCGUUCUGCUGUGCCUUACGACUCGGUCCAGCGCCAGUCAGCCUGCCAGCCAGCGCGCGGUCGCUUGAAACAAGUUCUCAGUUUUAUUUGGUGGUCGAUCGGCGCGCACGAGAUUUUGAUCGAGCUGCGGUGGCGCUCGAAGUUAAUCAUUAUGAUACCAUUCGUAAUCUGCUUGAUCAGGCUGCUAAUUGCAACAAUUAGCAGCGAAUUGGGAAGUUUGGUGGUUCGGUAUUGGCCCGGCAUUGAGCGCCCGGUAGUGCAAGUGCGACAAGGAAGAGUUAAAGGUGUUACGUCGAGGUUACCGAAUGGAAAACCAUACAAUUAUUUCAAAGGAAUUCCAUAUGCAAAACCGCCGGUUGGGGAGUUACGCUUCAGACCGCCAGUGCCGUUGGAGAGUUUCGGCGUUCCAGUAUUGAAGUGCUUGGUUGAUAAAAAUGACUUCAUUCAGCCUCACGUGCUGUUCAAGCAAUUAAUCACCGGCAGUGAGGAUGCUCUGUAUUUGAAUGUAUAUACGCCUGCAACUGCGAAGGAGGAAAAAAUUCCAGUCAUGGUUUACAUCCACGGCGGCGGCCUUCAGCAUGGCACGGCUAGCAGCUUCGUGUAUGAUCCCCAGUACCUGGUGAUGCAAGGCGUAAUUGUCGUUACUAUGUUUUACCGUCUGGGUCCCUUUGGCUUUCUGUCUUUGCCGAGCGCUGGCGUUCAUGGAAACUUUGGAUUGAAAGAUCAACGUCAAGCCCUCAUCUGGGUCCAAGAGAAUAUUGACCGGUUUGGAGGAGAUCCCCAGAAUGUGACGCUGUUCGGUGAAAGUGCCGGAAGCUGGUCAACCUAUGUACAUUAUCUGUCGCCCAGCUCGAGAAAAUAUUUCCAUCGUGCCAUAUGUCAGAGCGGUGAUACUUGCACUGAAUCCAAUCUCCAGAUUGAUCCAGAAAACAAGGCGCGGAAGUUGGCUUAUUUGCUGGGAUAUAGAGGAAGUUCAGAUCAGGAAGUGAUCGAUGUUCUCAGGAAAGCCCCUGCUAGUUUGUUAACCAAAUAUCAAACAUUGUGUAAUAGCGAGCAGGAAAGAUCAUUCCCAUUGAGAUUUCCGUUCAGGCCUGUGGUAGAACAUUCAUGCAGUGAGGAUGCCGUCCUAACCCAGACACCAGAGAAGCUACUAAAAUCGGUAGACACCAUUCGAAUGCCUUUGAUCAGUGGAUAUACAAGCAAUGAAGGAAUCCUAGGAUUGACACGGAACAAACAUCGAUUGAAGAAGUAUAACGAGAAUCCGAAGUGGCUGGUCCCGGAGCUGAUGGGCCAUCCAGCUGGUUUGAACAGGACUGUAGUGGGGGAUCAAAUCAAGCAGUUUUACUUUGGAAACAAACCGAUUGGACUCGAAACAAGCAACCAAGUUACCGAUUUAUUUUCGGACCACACUUUUGUUACCACAUCAAAUUUGAGUGCUGAAUGGUUGGCCAAGUAUCAACCCAACGCUGAACAGUACCAUUAUGUGUUUUCGUACUGCGGAAGAUUCAACUUUGCCAAAGCGUUAUACGGUGGUACUGCUCUACAAGGAGCGUCUCACGGCGACGAUUGCUUAUAUUUAUUCAACGCGGCGUUUCUACCAAAGCUACCAGCAAACUGUGAGGAACAACAAGUCAGGCAACAAAUCGUACGGCUGUGGACUAAUUUUGCAAAGUACGGGAAUCCUACGCCUGAUGGAGACAAUCUGGGUUUUAGAUGGAAGCCAGUCAAGAAAGUUCAUCCCAGUUCAGCAUCUUUUGAUUUAGAUUGUUUGGAUAUCACUUCAGUGCCCAGAAUGAUACAGAAUCCGUUUCAGGAGCGUAAAGAGUUUUGGAGGGGAAUGAUCAAAAAGUAUACAAAUUAUUUGUAGAAUAUUUGUGGGUACGUGUGGAAGACGGUCGUUGUAACCAUAUCAUGACAUAAGGGGCUAAGUGGGCUUGCAGAUUAUUUAGCAGUAACACUUACAGGAAAUACUUAGGAAAAUUAUGGAAAGCUUAUAAGUAUAAGUUUAGCACUUUAAAACAUUUCAUGGCGAUGAUCAGCUAAAAAUGUACUCUUACAAAAAUUAGUGCGAACUUAUUGGUUCUAGUCAUUCUCCAUUCAAGACAGUUUGUUAUGACGUGUGAAAUCCAUCACUAUUGUUAAAAUUAUGUACAUAUAUCAUGGUAAGUUCGUUCAAAGUUUUAGU